AUGGCUGCAUUAUAUGAACAAGACAUCGUUCUCCACGACGAAGAUCACCAAGCCCCCGUAGAAGAACACCACCUCCUCGUCGAAGGUAAAUCACCCCGGAGAUCACCUGACCGUCGUCGUAGUAGACCAUCACCCCCUCGCAGGCCACGAAGGUCACCUAUCAGGAGCAGGUCACCUAAGAGGGACAGGGAAGUGAAGCGUCGUUCGCCAUCCUCCUCCCCGUCUGGGAGUUCAUCUGGAAGCUCUCGUUCUCGCUCUCGAUCUCCACCCAAGAAAUCCAAGCUGGGAUCUAAGAGGAAGCCUUCUCCCUCUCCAGCCAAGAAAGACACCAAGAGAUGCCGAUCAUCAUCAAGUAAUUCAUCUAGGUCUCCUUCUCCCAAAAAAGAUGAGAAGGCAGGUGAUGUUCAGAAGGACAAACGGGAUGAUUCCAUGUCUCCACCUCGCUCCAAGGAUGCUACUAAGGAUGAUUCCAGUGAUGAUGAUAAGAAGGGCAAACACUCAAGCAGUGAUGAGGAAGACGAGACCAAACCCUCUCCUGCAAAACCAAGCCGUUUCCCUAAACGUCAGUACCGACGGCGGUCCCCAUCUAAUUCCUCCGACUCUGGAUCAGACGAUGACAAAGACAAGAAAAAAAGGAAGAAUUCUAGAUCACGAUCUCGAUCUCUGGAUGACAGAAGGAGAAGACGUUCACCAAUUAGACGUAGGAGAUCACCUUCUCCCCGCCGUCGCACUCCUCCCAGGAGAUACAGCCCUCCUCGUCGUCGCAGAUCACCUCCCAGACGUUCUCCUCGUAGAUCACCACCAAGGAGACGCAGGAGUCCCACACCUGACAGACGGAGGCGUAGUCCUGAGAGACGUAGUAGACGGAGCCCAACACCGGACAGAAGGAGACGUCGUUCCCCAACACCUGAGAGGAGAAGACGUCGCAGCCCUACCCCUGAAAAACGCAGACGCAGUCCAACUCCGGAGAGGCGAAGGAAAAGUCCUUCUCCUCCUGAAAGACGUAGACAAAGUCCUGAGAAGAGGAGGCGUAGCCCAACACCAGAGAAGCGAAGGAGGAGUCCGAGUCCCCGCAAGAGGUCUGCAGAUGGUCGACGGUCAAGUCGAAGUCCUGACAGACGUAAGCGAGCAUCAUCACCUGAAGUCAGGAAAAGAAUCUCGUCUACCGAUAAACCACCUCGAAGUCGAUCACCAAGACGUCAUCGGAGCCGGACACCUGUGGACUCUAAGUCAAGGAGGCAAAGCCCCCCUCAAGAGGGAAACGUGAGACAUCACCUCCGGACGAUGAGACGUAAAGCGCGUAAGAAGGCUGCCUCAGAUGACAGCUCUGCAGAGAGCAGUGCAGAUGAGAAAGAACUAGUCAAGAAAGACCGCAGUAGCACUCGCCAAAGUCUUGACCGUUCCAGAGUCAAAGAGAGGAAGCAAGACAGCGAUGAAGAUAGCCAGAGUCCAAGUCCACCUCGGAAGAAAGACAAACGUAGGAGAGAUUGUCAAGAGAAGACUCCUCCGAUGAUGCUUCUCCAGAGAAGAAGCAGAGACCGAAUCGAGGGCGACAAGAUGAUGAUGAUGAUGAUGACUCCGCAUCACCUUCACCCAUGAAGGAAGCAUCUCCAGAACCUAUGUCUCCUAAACGCAAGGACAGAGGAGGUGGAGACAAGAAGAAAAAGAAGAAGAGAGAACAAGAUGACAGUGAUGAUGAGAGCGAAGAGGAUAGGAAGAUGGAUGCUGAUGAGGAGAAAGAAAGUCCUAAGGUGAAGAAGAGCAAGAAAAGGGAAUCGGUUGAGGCAUCAUCUGAGGAAUCAGACAAUGAGGCAGAGGAACGUAGCGCUAAGAAGAAAGAGAAGAAGGAGAAGAAGAAACACAAAAAACAAGAAGCACAAGAAGCAUAAGAAACACAAAAAGCAGAAGAAAGAAGAAAAUCAGGAUUCCGAAAGCGACCAAGAGGAGAAAGAACGUCUUCUUAGAGAGCGAGCUUUGAUGUCCAUGAGCAAGAGGCAAUCUGUCGAUUAGGGAGACCUUAAGAAUUGUUUUGUUGAAUCUUUUUGUACAUAUUAGUCAAGUUUCCUCAAACGAUUGAUUUUUCUUUUUAAUAGCAUAGGUUAAAAUCUGUUGUACUAGACAAAAUUGACAGAAAACUCAAAUUCUUUUGUUGUAAAAAAAAAAGGGGGAGUUAAGAUUGAAGCUGAAUGGAGGAGGGGGCCUGGUAUGAAAAAUUAUAUUAUGCUUAUCAGUGAGAAUGGCACUUCUUAUUCUAUACUUUUUAACGUCAUCAAUGUUUCUUUUGUAUCACCCUUGACGACGACGUAAGAAAUGUUUGUCAAUUAUCUGUAGUCACAAGGCAAAUAAAUGCUUUUGUUUAUGGUGUAGUUUAUCUGAUCGUACAAGGUCUAAAAAAUUGCAUCCUAGUUGCAAAAUCAUUGGAAUCAUGUAUAUUUUACUCAUUUGGAAUGUUGGAAGAAUUGACCUACAUAUAUCAAGGAUUGGGGGGAUGAGGAUAAUGUAGCAUUUGUGGGCUUCUCAGGAAAGGUCGUACUUCAGUAGACUUUUAGAUGGCUCAUAUCUUUCAAAUUUGUACUAUUUCUUAUUCCUGUGCUUAAUACUUCCAUAGUACCAGUAAUUGAAAUUAUAAAAAGAAUUUGAUUCCAAAAGGAAUUAAUUUAAUCAUCAAUUACAGUCAGUAAAAGAAAGGGAUCCUAAUUCCUUUUGGAAUCAUUCCUGAUACAACAAAUUGUUCAUGAAUUGUUUAAAGAUCUAUGGUACAGGAAAAAUGGGUACACAAUUUUUGAAUCGUACUCAAGCUUUUUUCCUCACUCUUUGCAGAAAUGAUCUUUUUCUAAGAGGCCUACGUGUGUAGAUAUACUAGUUCAUGUACCGCGUUGUUUUCUGCAGUUACUUAUACCAAGGUACUUUUUCAAGGUAGAAUGGUGAAAUUUUAAGAACCAUUUACUCUGAAAUUGGUUCUCCAUUUAUUCAGUGUAUUUUGUGAAAGGAAAGGUUCAUUUGGCAGUAGGGAUAUUGGAUGUCAGGAAGGAUUUUUUUGGUCAGAUUUUAUUAAAAAAUUGCACCACUUUGCUUCAUUGAUAUUUCUGCUUUCUUAUAGAGUUGUUUGCUAUUAAAAUUUGAUUUCCUUUUUAGAAAAACACUAAAGACUUCAAAAUUACAAGGCGUAUGAAUAAUUUACUGCAUGAUAAUAGUAUUCAUAACUGUAUAAAGUAGAGGAUACAGAGCCGACUGUUCUCAUAAUUUUGCGCUGAUACCUGAAUGAAAAGUUGCCAUUCAAAGAUAAUUUCACCACAUCAAUUCAAAUAAUUUUCCAGAACUGAAAUUUUAAGUUGGGCAGUCAACAGUGUUUGACGUCCCAUAGGAAUAUUCUUUUUCUAACUUGUUUCAUAGAUUUUUGUAGAUUUUCAUAUUUCAUCCGAUUUUUGCUUAGGCAACACAAUUUCAGAAAUAUUAUUUGAAUGUGAAUCAGUGACUUUCUACUUAAGAUAUUGUACACUGUUGGACUUUGCUGCAGGUCUCUUAUUGCAGGGAGGAAGAAAUUGUUCUUAAAUGCUGUGAAUGAUUUAAAGUAUUUUUAUUCUGUGUAUUCCAUUCAUUGUUUGCCAAAGAAUUGUGUUGCUAAGUACCCCAUGUUAUAAACAUGUUAGUUCUAGGUAAUUCUGUGCAGGAAAGUUCUUAGUCAUAUAAUAACUACCUUUGGUGUAAACUGAACUGCAGGGGUAUAAUUUGUCUAUUUGAGGAAAACAAUUGUAACUAGCAGUUUCCACAUUUGAAGAAUUUGAUUUUUACUCAUGCAUCACAUGUUAUUCUCUCUUUAACUUUGAAAAGUGUAUCGAUUUAAGAUGAUUGAGAAACUAUAAAAAAAAAAAUGUUUUGUUGGAAUUGGUUGUCAAAUUAAAAUAAAUGUAAAUAAUAAAGGAA